ACAUGCGAGCCUCACACAGCUCAGUUGCCGGAUGUACGCCGACAGCUUGGCACUUCACAUCGCCAGCUUGAUGAAAGUCUAGAUAAAUUGGUGCAAGUUUGCCAUUCAGCUUCUGGUGUGGUACUAUCUCCUCAACAAGAGCAGCAACGCCUGAAGUUCGUGAGCUCCAUAUCUGGAGCCCAGAGCAAGCUGGACACAGCCGAGCAACAGAUGAAGAAGCCGGUUGUAGUCCAGCAGCUGCAACAAGCAGACGGUGCAGCCUUACAGCAGCAACUGUCCCGUCGCCUGGCGCAGCUCAACGCGGCCAUUGCAGCACUAGCUGCCGCUACCACAGAUGGCAAGAACCCAGACUACCCGGCAGCAGAGCGGGCAGUCACCACAGUAAUCGAGUUAAUGCCAGAAAUCGUCCAAGACUCCCACAAGAUAUGUUCUACGAAGGAGCCAGCUGAACAAGCAGCCAUGAUGCAGGAGCUUAGAGAACUGUGUGAAACCAGUCGCAUUAUUUGUGAUAGUGCUGGACAUCCUAUUAAACUAAACGAAGCUACCGCAAGGCUGGCGGAUGCUUCUAGUAAGCUACUCCACAUUGUCAGUCCUGAUGACAAACACCCAGGAGAUGCUACCCGUGGACCAAAACCAGCGGUACAGCCUCGCAAGCCGGCAGUACCAGUGCGAGACCCCAAGCAUACCGUGGCUAAAGCAGUGCAAUCUGGACAGACACCUGACGCACAGAGCUUCCUUGAUGCCAUGCGUGCAGAGGAAUCUGGUGGUCAAUUAGGAGGUCACGUCAAAUCAUCGAAAACUGCUGAGGAAGAGAAGCUUGCACACAAGCAGUUCUCAGAAAUGAUUGAGAAUGCUGAAAGGGGACUUAAAUCUGCAGAGGAAGGGCUCCAAGUGCUAUAUAAAGCUAAGAACGUGACGAUAGCUGGUCAGACCCUACCGGCUUUGGAGGUGGUUAAGAGAGAACAGCACAUGGAAGAUACCCUCGCGAAGGCAGGAAUCGAAGUGGCUGCACUGGUUUCGGCUAAUUAUGCAGACAAGCUGGACUACAAAGCUGCAAUGCAGCCCACUUUAUCACUCACAGAAUGUGUCAGGAGUGUCGUCAAUGAUGGCAGCGCAAUCUGUACUUCUAUGUCUGAUGAGGCUCGCAAGAAGUUCUUGGAGGACAUGAUCGGUCUCUGCCAAUCGACCAAAAUCCUUUGUGACAUUGCAAAGUCGGAGAAGGAAAAACUGAACGACGCGGCCAUAGUGUUCGGAGACCAGUCCGUCAAACUGUUACGUGUGGUCAGCUGUAAUGUGGACCCUGCCCUGGAGAAAGAGGCGAUAUCGCGAGCUAAAGCAAUAGGCGAUGCUGCAUCUAGGCUAGCUCUGGAAGCCACGAGCUUGGCCAGUAGCACUAGUGAGGCAAACAAUCCCGGGACCGCGGACUCGCAAGUCCGGGAUAUUUGUGCUGCCGGCACUAGCUGCGUCGACUCCGCCGGGAAACUCGUCUACACUGCUAAGCUUAUCGCGCCGACAAUUCACCACGAAACCUGUCAGGAUGCCCUGGUAUCCUCAGCAGAUAGCCUGUCAUCAUCUCUUACUACCUUCACCAACACCCUGGCUCCUCUGGCUUCCACCCAGCAUCCUAAUGUCCAAAAACUGUUGGGAGAAGCUGGUCAUCUUGAGAAACUGGUAGAAAAGUUGAGGAAAGAUGUAAGGGCUGGUAAACUUGGCAAGAGGAAGGAGGUAGACCCUGUUGUGGACCUGGACUUCCCCUUGAGGAAUUUGACUCAGAAGAUCAUUGACAAUGCUAAGAACAUGGUACGAGACGAAACUAUGAGCUCGCAGACCAAGAAGGAAUACACAAAUUACUGCGGCAAGCUGGAAGAGGCUCUGCGCGCUCUGGACCUGGCGAACGCGCGGUACCAACGAGCUCCUCAUGACAUAAACAAACGUAAUGAAUUCGAGAUGACGAUCGACGAGCUGCAGAUGACGGUGCUGCAGUCCAGACCUGCUAAAGCUGGACAGGAACAGAACAAUAUUGUGGACUUCAGGGACUUCUUGCAAGACCUAGUAAAUGAAGCUGGAGACCUUCAGAAGACGGUCAGGAAGAAUGAGGGACCUAUAGGCAAGAGGACCAGUGAGGACAUCACUAUGCUCUGCAGUAAGAUUAGCGAGGAUGCGUCGAGGUUGUUGAACCCGAACGAUAACUUCGGUCAGAGUGUCACUGUUAUGAACACCGUCGAUGAUAUUCUUGAUAUCGACUUGUUUGGACAGGAGUGUGAUACUUUGGUAAAGGAGAUAAACAACUCGAUCCAAGGCGUUCAGGAUCAAAAGACUAAACAGGAGCUCCUGGCCAAGUCACUGCCGAUGUUGGAGAGCUGCCAUUUGCUAAGAUUCGCAGCAAAGAGUCAUAUAAUGGCGACCCAGAGCACAGCAUAUAACGAGAUUAUGCAAAACCUGGACCACUUCAAGAGUACCACGAUGAGCACGUUGGCUGAGGAAGCUGCCAAGAACAGCGUCAAGCAAACCAAGUCAUACGCGAGUACCCUGGGCUCCCAGUGCUGCCUGGCCCGCGCCAGCUCGCGGCUGGUGGCGGCGGGGCAGCGCGCCGCGCGCGGGGAGCCGCACGACCUCGUGCGCGCCGUCACACACUAUGCAGUCUCCAGCGCUGCUGGACCUCCUGCGAUGAUGAUGGCACAAGAUUACGAAGCCCCGAAAGUGAUGGAACAAGUUGAGCAAGUCCCUGAACAUUUAACGCCCAAGGAACAAGUCGAAGAAGUACCUUUGGAAUUGGCGGAACAUGUCGUUAAGGAGAAUAUAUACACAUCGAAUUUAAGUAGAAUAGUGGAUUUGACAGACAGGAUUACAAGUGCUUGCACAUUGAGUAGGAAUAUAGCGGCCUACGAACCCAACCAAAAAGCAAGCAAAUGUCUAAAGGAACUUAAUGAGCUGGACUACAAGCUCUACCCAAGGAAGGUAUCGACCCAGGUACUGAACAGCGACGAUAUUGAUAGGCUGCUGCUAUGCCCACGAGAAACUGUAGAGGGCACUCCCAAGCAACUGGAAGAGAAGCUGCAGCAGUUGUCGUCGAAGCUGAGUUCGAUGGGCAGCACGGUGGUGCUGAGCGUGAGCACCCCGAGCAGCCUGGCGCGCAGCCUGCACGCCGCGGGGCAGGCCGCCCUGCAGCUCGCCAACACUGCACGCGCAUUGGCUGAUAGAAAGAGACCAGCUCAAUGUAAACUGAUCGAGGAUGCUGCACAUGAGAUGUGUCUUUCUACCUACAGCCUGAUGAAGACUUCUGAACUAGUCUGUCAGGAACCAAAUCAUCACGACUCCAAGAGGAAGCUGCUGGAAGCGUGCCGUCAUCUCAACGACUCCAUCAACAAACUGGUGCGUAGUACAGGUACGGGGCAGAAGACGACGGUGGGGCGUGCAUGCGGCGAGGCAGGGAGGAGCCUGGCGCUGCACCGCGGCAUGCUGCAGGCCGCGCCGCGCCCGCCCGCCGCCUCGUCCUACGCACUCAGUCUGCACACCAUGCACUCGCAACUGGACGUGCUCAAAAAGCUGAACAGUGAUGAGGCGAUGUCUCGCGAGGAGUUCUUGAAGAGCAUGAACUACGCAGUGAGUGCCGUCAACAACAGUGCGGAGUGCGCUGCUCAGGCUGCCUACCUGAUAUCAGUAUCAGACCAAGAUAAGUCAAUUGGUCUGAAGGGCCCGGUGGACGUAGGCAAGCUGCAGAAGACUAUUCAAGCAGUCGAAGACACCUGCAUCUCUAUAAUCAUCACUAAUGAUGAUAUACAGGUAGCAGAAGAGAAGAAGACUCUCAAGAGCCAAAUGAAGGAUCUGGAGGACACCAUGAUGGACGCCAUUGAGAAGACCAAGGAAGGAGAACUGAAAGAGAUGCUGAAAGAGUGCACUAAUGACCUGCUGAACUCUCAUAAUAGGCUGGAGGAAGCCAUAGAAUAUGAAUUUGAAAACAAGGUGGUGAUAACAUCAAAGGUAGCAGAUUUGAUGCACGACGUGAGCAAUGUUGCCUCCUUGGUGGAACACCCUGAUCUGGUGCCAGUCGCCACUGAAAUCUCUGCUGAUACCCAGAAACACGUUGACGAGAUUGUCAAGAAUUCACUCACACUUCUGUCGAACACGGAGGAGCUGGUGAAACAAGUGAAGGCGGCCCCUGAGGAGCCGGAGACCAUGAAGUGGGUGAUGUUCAACAAGAGGAAGGAUGUACUGGAUGCCUUCGAGAACCUUCUUAGGAGUGUCAAGUCCAGUGGACAACGUGUCAAUCUUCUAGAAGCUGCAGUUGAGGAACCAGAGGAAGACAAGAAGAGUUAUGUGGAAACACAGUUCGACUUAGCAUCCAAAUGGCUUUCGAAGCCGAUGUGCAAGCCGGAGGUGAAGUCGAAGGGACAGGAGGCAGUGCGCAACCUCGUGGACGUCGCUAAUAAGGUGGCAGAGGAUCUGCAAGGCUCUGACAAGGAAGACAUGAAGAACCUGAUAGUGGAAACUGAACAGCUGCUUAUGGAAUGCAGUCAGAAAUAUGACCAGGAACUGUACAGUGUGUUACUGGAGCGGGUUCGAGAGCUGAAAAAGGGAGUGUCGCGAGGAGUGGUCUCCAAGUUGGUGCAGGACUUUAUGCAGGCUGAGGAACCUCUGGCUGACCUCGACCUCAUCGCUGAGUAUGAGCAGGACGAGUCCAAGCGCAAGUUUAUGCUGGAGAAGAAGAUAGCAGAGCUGCUGGCCCAGCUGGGCAGGGUCACCGCCACCGCGCGCCUCGUCGCACACACACACGCACACCGCGCGGACGACAUCGGCCACUGCAGCCAGCAGACCGAGUUGCUAGCGCCGAUGCUUGUGAAAGCUGCUCAGGAAAGGAUUACACGUCCUGAUGACAAGGCUGUAAUAGAGAACUAUAAAUCGCUGCUGGCCAAAUAUGUGGAGUCGAUGUCCAAGAUUCGAGACCUGUGCGACCAAUCUGUUGAUCCCAUGGAGUUCGUGCAGACAGCUGGUGAGACGAUAGAGCGCAUGCGUGAGGAGUCCUCCACACAAAACGACCCGCUGCACAAUGCACACACAUCGACCGCCAUCUCCAAACUAGCCAACCGAGUGAUCCACGUGGGCAUGUCGUCGAGCACGGCGCGGCGCGACCCCGAGCUGCAGCGCGCGCUGGCGGCCGCGCAGCACCAGCUGGCCGCCGCCACGCCCGCGCCGGACACGCGCGCCAGCAAGAUGCCAGACUUCAAGGACACUACCGCCAGGAUUCUACAAGCCACGGAAGAAGUGGAGUCCCUACUGUGUGGAGAGACCAUCUUCAAGCAACAGCCCACGCAGGACCAACCAAUCUUUAACGAAGCAAUGAACCUGCACGUGGCUAUCCGCGACUGGUCGUCCCGUGACAACGAGAUCGUGGCUGUCGCCAAGCGUAUGGCAGUCCUCAUGGCUAAACUCUCCAACUUCAUGAAUAACGACAAGCAACGCGAAGUGCUGGCGACGUCAAAGUCGAUAGUGUUGGAGUCCCAUGAGGUGGCACGCCUCGCCAAGAAACUAGCGCACGAGUGUACUGACCAUAGGAUCAAGACGAACUUGCUGCAAACCUGCGAGAGGAUCCCUACCAUCAGCGGCCAGCUCAAGAUGUUGACUACUGUCAAAGGAUUCUCACUUGGAAGACAUGGUACCCAGGAAGAUAAGGAGGCGAUGGACAUGCUCAUACAAGACGUAGUGAAGGGCGCAGCGAGUGCCUCAGUGAAGAUAAUGUCACAACGCGGGCCUCGUAUGAAGUGGGUGCGCAAGACUGUCUACUGAGACCCCUAGUAAUUACAUAGCGUUAAGUCUUGACACGAAUUAUUAACAUUCCAUUUAUUAAGAUAAAAUGAAUGAAAGAUACAAUUUAGGCGUUAUAAAUAGCUUGUUGCAGAAUUAUGGCAUUGUCAUAUACAUAUAUGGCAUUGUCAUACUCAUAUAUGGCAUUGUCAUAUUCAUAUAUGGCAUUGUCGUACUCAUAUAUGGCAUUGCCAUAAUUCACCUGUGCCAUAAUAAAGUAAAUUGUCGAUAGAGGUAUCAUAAUAUGACACUGUCAUAUAAUUAUGUAUAUCACUGACAUAACGACAAGCUGUUUAUAUAAUUCAAUUGCCUAAAAUUUAUAACCAAAUAAUAAUAUAUUUAGAUUUUAAACUGAAGUGUAUUUUUCUACUUUUAUUAAUGCAUUUAAUUACAAGCUUCUUUUAUAAA